GAUUUUGCUGCCAUCUUGGAGCUGAAUAAAGUUGAUCCCAGUCUCUUUUGUGGUUUCUGUCAAAUCGGAAGGUCUGAGAUCACUAAACAUUGAGACAUUUAAAUCGACACUUCCGACUCCUGUCACAUUUCGACCUAAGGAAACACAUAAACCUAAACCUUCAACCACCUUUUUAACACCAUCUGAGCUCUUGACGGCAUUAAAGCAAAAGGAGCCUGAAUGGAGGCCCAUGGUUCAGCACGAUUGUCCAGGAAGAGAAAGAGAGAAGGUUCAAAUGGAGAGGCAGAGGAAGGCGAGAAACCCGUGAAGUUUAAACGAUGCACAGUGGGUCUGAAAUACCCGGCUCCGUAUGCAGAUCAGCUCGAGUCAAUGGAAGAUAAGCCAUAUCAGCGCGUCACCAUGGAGGAAGCUCGCAGAGGCACUCCACCCGACAGGCCUGUACGGGUGUACGCUGAUGGUAUCUUCGACAUGUUCCACUCAGGACAUGCCCGUGCUCUCAUGCAGGCUAAAUGCCUUUUUCCAAACACUCACCUUAUUGUAGGUGUGUGUAGCGAUGACCUGACACACAAGUUAAAGGGCUUCACAGUCAUGAACGAGGAUGAACGCUAUGAUGCGAUUAGUCACUGCCGCUAUGUGGACGAGGUGGUCCGGAAUGCUCCGUGGACUCUCACGCCUGAGUUCCUCACCAAACAUCGGAUUGACUUUGUGGCUCAUGAUGAUAUCCCAUAUUCCUCAGCUGACAGUGAUGAUGUUUACAAGCACAUUAAAGAAGCAGGAAUGUUUGCACCAACCCAACGAACAGAGGGCAUUUCCACUUCUGACAUCAUCACACGCAUUGUUCGAGAUUAUGACGUGUACGUCAGACGGAAUCUACAACGCGGCUACACCGCAAAAGAGCUUAACGUCAGCUUUAUUAAUGAAAAGAAGUACAACCUUCAGGAGCGCGUGGACAAGGUGAAGAAGAAGGUGAAGGACGUAGAGGAGAAGAGUAAAGAGUUUGUGCAGAAGGUGGAGGAGAAGAGCAUCGACCUGAUCCAGAAAUGGGAAGAGAAGUCCCGUGAGUUCAUUGGCAACUUCCUGCAGAUGUUUGGACCAGAGGGAGCUUUGAAACACAUGCUAAAGGAAGGGAAAGGUCGAAUGCUUCAGGCCAUCAGUCCGAGGCACAGUCCCAACAGCAGUCCCACACGUGAGCGUUCCCCUUCUCCAACCUUCCGUCUGCCCUUCUUCACCAAGACCUCCCCACCCUCCUCCCCCUCCUCACAUCACAGCAGCGCCCUGCCCGGCUACACCUAUGCCGCCCGCAGACAGGCCAUCAGCGAAGACGAGGAGGAUGACGAAGAUUAGAGUGCCACAGCACACCAUACAUCUGUCUUCCAAUACUGGCAAUCGAACCUCAGAAACGAAGCAAUCCUUAUACAAUCCCUCAGUUUCGCACUCCGUAUUAUUAACAGAUAUGAAGGUUUAAAAUGCAACGACGUGUAUAACGUAGUGACUGUGGAGAUUUUAAAAGUUGUUAUCAGCCAUGGAAUGUGAGUAUUCAAACUUCAGCGUCUUGUUUUGAAUCACGCAGGAUUGUUUUAGAACGAGUGCACAUGGUAUUAAAGUUUCAGUUUUAAUGAUUUUAAUGUUCUUAUCAUAAUAUAUAAAUGUUAGACAUCUCAUAGGUCAUGUGUCCCUAGGAAUGGACAAGAUUGGCUUGUAACGUCGAAAACACUGCAACUCUUUCCACAAGGAACUGUAAGAUAAAUGCCAUUAUCUAUACAAAAGAGCUAAAAAAUAAUAAUGAAAAUUGUUAUUUGUCCAUAUCGCAAGGCACAUAAUCAGUGUUGUCAUGGUUAAUAGUUCUAAAAAAUGUCUUGAAUAGCUAAAAUACGCCAAUAUUACAAAGGCACCUCAAGUAUGACUGAUAAGAAAAUGAGGUAGUAACUACCAUCAAUGCAUAAAGUAACUCUACUUGAAUUUGGUGUCAUGCUUUAGUACAGGUCAUGGUUCCAAAUUUGAACACUUUAUUUGAAAAAAAAUAUAUAUGCUUAGUAACAUAAAAAAAGAGUUUGAAAAAGUUUUGUUUUUACUGUAAUGAGAAAGUGAAGCAAAUCCCUGUUUUUAUAUAAUUUCAUUACCGCACAAUGCCGUUUCUCUGUCACUGUGAUUGUUCUCAUAGAGCUCUUAAGAAUCAUCCUAAGGCUAAAGGGCUUUUCCAAGUUCAGUGUUAGAUGAGCUUUGGACUCAAACUUGAUAAUUGCCCAAUUAGGUUCUGCAAAAUUAGUUGUGCACAUUUUAAAGUCAAACCAACUGUGCUGUCGAUAAUUAAUUAAGAAAUGAAACCACUUAAAAGGAAUAUUCUGGGUUAAAUACAACCUAAACUCAAUAGCUGCUGUCCAGUGUGAUAGAAAAUGAUUUUGCCUCUGUAUAAAAAACAAAGCA